UCAUCAUUGUUGGGUUUGAAACCCUACAGGAGAUUGAGCUCCUGUUGUUCUCGCUCUUCACAGCCAACUUCUCAAUGCUUGAGGUGCUCUACACCACCGUGACUGUUCCGAAAAUGCUCGAUGCCUUACUCACCCGACGUAAAGAGAUCUCUUCUCCGUGCUGCCUGGCUCAGUUUUACUUUCUAUUUGGUUUAGGAGCUGCAGAGAACUGUCUUCUUGCAGUAAUGGCCUACGAUCGAUAUAUAGCCAUAUGCAGGCCACUUCGCUACUCCACCAUGAUGACCAGUAGAACCAGUAUUAGGUUGGCUCUCGGAGCUUGGCUUGGUGGCCUCUUGGCGGCUUUCCCUCCAGCUGUGUGGAUUUCCACUUUGAAAUUCUGCUUUCCCAAUUUCAUAGACCAUUUCUUCUGUGACUACGCCCCUCUUCUGAAGCUUUCGUGUGAGGACACGUCAGCAGGAGAGUUCGUUUUCAUGGUCAUGUCCUGGAGUGUUAUAUUGGGCUGCUUUUUCCUUAUCAUGGUGUCCUAUUCCCUUAUUAUUUUUGCAGUCGUAAGAAUUCCAUCAAGUGAAGGACAGAAGAAAGCCUUCGGCACUUGUGCUUCCCACCUGGCCGUGGUGUCUAUUUUUUAUGGAACGGUCAUAUUCAUGUACAUUCGGCCCACCUCCCAUAUUAGGUUUUCAAUGGACAAGGUGAUCUCCGUCUUCUAUUGCGUAGUGACUCCUCUGAUGAAUCCGAUCAUAUAUUGUCUCCGGAAUCAAGAGGUUAAGGGCGCCGUCAUCAAAACUUUGCAUAUGUUGGCCAAUAAUGAAAAUGAUCUUGUGUUUAGAGUCCUCGCAGCCCAAAACAUCAACUUCCCGAAAAAGUAG